ACACAAAAUAAUUACCUUCUCCUUUUGGUACGGUUUGUUUGGUGGUAGGAAAGGAUCACCUAUACAUUCACUGCUUGUAGUUUGCAGUUGACUGGUUUUUCCAUGAGUGAAAUAAAUUAAGAAGCUUCAGGUCAGAAAAUUCUAAAUUUCAAUUUUAACAUCCAAAUUAACAACCAGAAGAAACUUGAGCCCCAGAAACUUAUAUAAAAGCUCAACCUCUCAACUCAUCUUAGAAAUUAAAAGCAAUAGAGUUUCUUAGAUAGAGGGGUCUAAAAUGUCUUGGUUUCUAACCAUAUUCUUCCUCAUUAGUCUCACAUUAAGUACUCCUUCAGAGGCUAGCCAGGAGAAGAAGCUUCAACCUGCUGUGGUUAUAGGCAAAGUUUACUGUGAGACAUGUUUCCAAGAUGGGAUCUCAAAAUCCAGCCACUUCAUUUCAGGGGCUUCUGUUGGUGUGGAAUGCAAAGAUGUGACUUCAUCAAAACCAAGCUUUCAAGCACAAGUGAAGACAGAUAACCAAGGAGUGUUCAAAGUCCAAUUGCCUUUCUCAGUCAGCAAACAUGUCAAGAAAAUUGAAGGCUGUUCCGUGAAGCUAAUUCGCAGCAGCGAACCGUAUUGUGCUGUCGCCUCAGCAGCAGCUUCAUCUUCACUUCACCUCACGUCAAGGAAGCAAGGCACUCACAUUUUCUCAGCUGGGUUUUUCACCUUUAAACCUCUAAAGCAGCCCAACCUAUGCAACCAAAAACCAAGCCUCAUCCGAAACACCAAGGAAGUUACCACUAAUUCAGAGAAACUCUCAUUAUUUUCUCCAACUGAGGAACUGGCAUUUCCCUCACCAGUUCAAGAAUCCGACUUUGGUGAUUCUAUCCGUAAUCUGAUCCCUUUUCUUCCACCACUACCACCACUGCCUCCUCUCCCAAGCCUUCCAGGACUCCCAGGUCUUCCAGGACUUCCCCCAACCUCAGCAAAACAAACAAAUCCCAAUUCCAAAACUACUAGUACUACCUCUUCAAAGACAGAGAGACACCUUAGUGACUUGACUGAAAAAGAAAAAUUAUCCCAACCAGAUUUUUUCUUCCCACCAAACCCUCUCAAUCCACCAUCACUUUUGCCUCCAAACCCUCUUCUGCCAAGCCCACCUCCACUCAUCCCAAACCCAUUCCAGCCUCCACCAGCACCAUUGAUUCCAAGUUUACCCCCAUUACCAGGUUUGACUCCACCAUCUCCACCACCACCAUCAUUCCCAACAAUCCCUCCAUUACCUCCAUUCCCAACAAUCCCUCCAUUACCUGCAUUCCCAUUACCACCUGUACCUCUCAUCCCUGGAAUGCCUCCCGCUUCUUCCUCUCCUUGAUUAGUAACUAUAUAAAACCAUGUAUAAGAUAUAUAAUUUUCAAAUAAUGUCUUAGCUUUCACAUGUUGGCAUCGAGUUUUCUAGGUGUGUAAAUUCUUGUAAUUUUGUGCAAUUGUCAGAGCAUAUAUAUAGUAGGAUUUGUAAGGUUGUGAGUUGUAAGGACAAAGGAGCUUGUAAUGUAGUGGACACAAAAUUAUUGUAGUUUGG